CAUAAAUGUAGCGUAUAUCUUGCAAAAAAUGGGCAACAAGCUUCAGGGUUUAGGCGUGAGGGGUGUUGCAGCAUGCACAUUCCUUGCAAACUUCAUGGACUAAUUAAUUGCAUGGUGAAUUAAUUUUGCCAAACGUCAGGCGUCAUUUUUUUAUAUCAAGAUUUGGUAAUUUAUCUUGAACAUUAAAAUUAAAUGCACUUUAUUUCAGGACUGCUAGACUGCAUGGACUGCUUCAAAUGUCGAGUGAUACGCCGUUUACAUAAGAAACUCACAAAGAUUUCAAAUUUCAACGUAUAGGCAACAUAGAUAUCUUAUAUAAGAUAUCUAUUGAUAGGCAAAAGUUUAAGCUUUACUGGAAAACGCAGACGCUGGUUUCCGUUGUCCGGUGCCCAUGUCCGCGUUUUCCAAUAAACACAAAAGUUGUUUUUCUUCUAAUCGGAUUUCUUCUAGGUCAAUCACAAGGUCAAUUUAAUGGAAGCCCUUCAACUGCCUCUAAUUGUCGUAUUUUGUUUCCAAAAUAUCAGUUCAUUGUCAAGUGUCAACUAAUUGAUAUUUAAAGUCUCUCUGCCAUUCGUGGAGAAGCGAUUGUGUGUCGCAUCUUUAAGUUAAAGAUGCUGUCCCUUAAAAAUGCUGAAACAAAUGAACUUAUUGCGGUCUUAAAUGAUGUUGAUUUGGGAUCUCGUCUCGGAGAAUUGCGUGCAAGAAUACAGUCCGAAUUACCAAGAUUAAAAGAGUCUUGUUACGAGUUCGCAAUCUCUGGGACCGGAAUAACAAGGAAACAAGAGGCAAAAUACGAAAUCAGGAAGUGUGUAACCAAGUCCGCUAGAGAAGAUAAUAUAUUUAUUGAGUUGCAUUUCCUUCGUCCUGAAAAUAUAGCGAAAGUUGAAAUAAAAAAAACCGCGAAAGUGAGCGAGUCCAAUAAAGCAUGUCCAGAGAAUGACAAAAAUAAACAGAGAAAAAUAUUUCAUCAAUACCCGAGCUAUUUUAGCCAAGAGGAAAUAGAUUCAAGUUUAGAAGGGUUUGAAAAACAAAGGAAAAUCUUUUUCAACAACAAGUUGACAGAAAUAAUUGACAGUUCCUCUCUAAAAGAGUGGAAUAUACAAGAAAUCCGUGGCGUUAUCAAUGUACAUUGGGUUCUACGGAAAACGGCGAUAUUGAAAAAUUCUGUGCGGGAGCUCAUCGCUAAUUCACCAGCUGAAAAUGACGACAUUGCCAAUGAAAAUCCGAGUCAAAUUGAGAAGAAUUUGAUGAAAAAUUUCGAUAAUCUAGAGAAGACGCAAUUUAUGGUUGACAGUCACUACAAACGACUUUCAGAAGAGCUCGCUAAAAAUGGUGAGGAGAGCCGGCCUCCUUUGGAAAAAGAAUUUGAUCGAAUUUUUUCUGAGUUAAAAAUAGCACAAGCCAAUAUGACGAAAUCCAUUAUGGAAUAUAAAAACAUGCAGGCGUGCCAGGCGAGUCAGUUAUUGAAUAGACAGAACAAUGUCAAUGAAGAUUUAAUGGACUGCAGUGCCAGUGGUAUUAAAGAGGAGUGUUUUGAACUUUUAGACAGUGAAAUGAACGAAAUAGUACUUUCUGUUAAAGACUGUAUUGAUAAAUAGUCUUGUUUUAUAAAUAUUCUGUUAUCAAAGUGUUCAAACGGUCAAACCCAUGCUUAAUCUGAAAUAUUUUCCAAUUUAGGAAAUUGAAAAUUUAUUAAUUUACCCCUCUACGGAAAACCCAAUUUCCUAAUUAAAUUCACGUUUGCCUGUUUGCCACAUGAAAACGAGACUCAAUGGCCUAUUACGUAUUGAUGAACAAAAUUUUGAUCUAAACAAGUCUAAUCACAAAAUUAGUAAUAUUCCG